AGACCAAGACAAUGCGGACGCGUCGUCGGCGUCGGCGUCAGCCGACGGAACGGAAGAAGCGGGCCUUUGUUUCGGGAGGGCGGCCCGCGUGCUGCUGGUGUUUUACUGGCUGAUUACUGCUGCUGCUGCCGCCGCCCACGGCCGUCGGUCUCGCGCAGGGCAAAUCUACCCCGCUCGCUCGGGCUCGGGCCGCCCCACCCACCCACCCCACCACGCCUCCUCGAGCUUCAUCAUCAUUCCUUGCUUCCUCCCUGCCCUCCUCCCUCUUCCGCUUCCGCUUCCCGAGAUCCCCAUCCGGCCACCCCCAUCCUCUGACCGCACCUCCAUGCCGCACUAGCUCGCCCGCCCACUCUCCACCCAGCACCCGCCGCGCAGCGAGAUCCAGCGCCGCCCGCUCCCCGCAGGUGCUCGGCGGAAUGUCCCACCGCCCGCCGGCGCCAAUGCCGGACACCCUCUCGGACGCCUUCGCCGCCGCGGUGCUCCUCUCCUCCACCGACAAGCCGGACACGCUGCCCCCGGGGAGGCUCUCGCCCGUCUCCCCGCUCCCGCACUCCUCCAAGCACGGGCACCACCACCCGACCCCGAGCUCCUCCUCGGGCUCCUCCGGCUCCGUCUCCCGGGCCCCGCUCGCGCCCGCCUCCGGCCUCGCCUCGCGCCGGAGCCACUCCGGCGAGAUCCCGCUCCCUUCCGAGGCGCCCCCGCGCCACCGCCGCACAGGCUCCGGCCCACUCAUCUUCACAUCCGGCGCGUGCUCCAGCUCCGCCACCUCGCCGCUCACCAACGCGCUCCCCGCGGGCAACAUCUGUCCCUCCGGCCGCCUCGCCAAACCGCUCCCGUCCCCCUGCCCCGUCGCGACCCCGCCGCCCCGCGCCUCCCGCCACGACGUGCUCGGCUCCGGGACCGCCAACUACGGCCACGGGAGCAUCGUCCGCUCCCGCGGCGGGGGCGCCGUGCCCGCCGCCACCGACGACGACGCGGUCCUCAGGCGCGCCAUGUCGGCCGCCGACCCCGAGGAGGUCAAGAGGGCCGGGAACGACCUAUACAGGAAGGGCUGCUUCGAGGGGGCCCUCAGGCUCUACGACCGCGCCCUCGCCCUCUGCCCCGACAAUGCUGCGUGCCGGGGCAACCGCGCCGCCGCUCUCAUUGGCCUCGACCGCCUCGGCGAAGCCGUCAAGGAGUGUGAGGAGGCGCUACGGAUUGAUCCGUCCUACGGCCGCGCGCACCACCGCCUCGCGUCGCUGCAUAUAAGGCUAGGACACAUUGAGGAUGCUCUGAAGCACUUGUCACUUGCAACCCCACAGCCUGACCUCCUAGAAUUGCACAAAUUGCAAACAGUGGAGAAGCACUUGGGGAGAUGUCUGGAUGCGCGAAAGGCUGGGGACUGGAAGAGUGUGCUAAGGGAAAGUGAUGCAGCUAUUGCGGCUGGAGCUGACUCCUCGGCUCUGCUCUUGGCUGCUAGAGCAGAAGCCCUUCUCCGUCUCAAUUUACUUGAUGAGGCUGAUCUUGCAAUCUCUAGUGCCUCCAAAUUGGAUUAUACAUCUUCAUGCUCCUCAGACACCAAAUUUUGUGGGUUUCUUGCCAACGCCUACCUGUUUUAUGUACAUGCCCAAAUUGACAUGUCAUCAGGAAGGUUUGACCAUGCGGUCUCCUCCAUAGAUAAGGCUAGGAUAAUAGAUCCAGGAAACACUGAAGUGGUAAACAUGCAUAACAAAGUGAAAUCUGUGGCCAGAGCACGUUCUCUAGGGAACGAGCUCUUCAAUUCUGGAAAAUUUUCAGAAGCUUGCGUUGCUUAUGGUGAAGGGCUCAAGCAACACCCUAUGAACAAAGUUCUGUACUGUAAUAGGGCAGCUUGUAGGUUCAAGCUUGAGCAGUGGGAGAAGUCAAUUGAAGACUGUAAUGAAGCUCUCAAGAUUCAAUCCAAUUAUACCAAGGCUUUGCUCAGGCGGGCAGCAUCCUACGGCAAGAUGGAAAGAUGGGUUGAAUCUGUGAAGGAUUAUGAGAUUCUCAGAAAAGAACUUCCAGGUGACGCGGAGGUUGCUGAGGCCUAUUUCCACGCCCAGGUUGCUCUCAAGUCAUCUCGUGGUGAGGAGGUAUCCAACAUGAAAUUUGGAGGAGAGGUUGAAACAAUUAUAGGAAUGGAACAGUUCCAGAUGGCCACAUCUUUGCCAGGUGUUUCAGUCAUCCAUUUCAUGACGCCUUCCAAUCAGCAGUGCUGCAAGGUUUCCCCAUUCGUGAACACACUGUGCGCCAGAUACCCAUCUGUUAAUUUCCUCAAGGUCGAUGUGAACGAGAGCCCUGCUGUCGCACGCGCCGAAAACGUGAGGACAAUUCCAACGUUCAAAAUCUACAAAAAUGGUAUUAGAGUCAAAGAGAUGAUUUGCCCCAGCCAACAGCUGCUGGAAUAUUCAGUGAGGCAUUUUGGGAUUUAGGCCAUGAAGCCCCCGAUGAUUCGAUGUUCGUUUCCUUCUGCCUCCAGCUAGCUUCUCUGGAGCGAGCACAGCACAGGCUUUAGCCGGGAGCAGAACCAGUCAAGCUCAUCUUGACGAAGGCAAGCAUGAAAAUUGGAAAGCGAAGAGCAACUCUUCCCCGGCAUUUUCCACCCCCACAGCCCCUUACGUUUUUCGUCCUAUUCUCCAUUUGUUGAUUACCUGCUUAAUUUAUUCUUUCAAUCUGUCUCGUCCGUACAUCAUUGUUGCCAAAUUUCUUUAGAACAAAAGAAACAUCCUCUCCUGAUUCAUGUGAAGAAUGACUGUACAUUUUUUUACUUCCAUGUUUACCAGACAACCAAGGAAAGAAAGGUAUAGAUUGCAUUUUGUACGCAAGCUACA